AUGGCUCGCCGUCGGUUUAUUGCGUCGUCCUCAGACUACGAACCUCCUAUGACCACCGAGUUCGAAGAGGACCUUACUGCGAACCUGCGUCUUCUCAGUCUUCUGGAGAAUCCAUCCUCAUCACCUUCUGCCCAGAGCCUACCUGAACCUCAGCAAAAGCAGAUCGAACUUGCACGAAUGCUUAGUAUCAAAUCAGUCAUUUCCACUACAUCGUCAUUCGCGGAGGAACAAUCAAAGGCUAAUGAGAGCUCUGUUCGCACAUUCAGAAAGAUUGGUGCAGGAGCUUGUGGGAUAGUGUUUACUGUUGAUGGACAAUCAUUAUCAUACAAGAUCGGAAAAACACUAGAUGAUGAUGAUGCUCUAUUCAAUGAUUACACUAUGCAUCAAACCAUCAAGAGAGCUGUUCGUCAGUUCUCUACUGAGAUCGAGAUUCCGGAUGUUUAUGGGAUCAUUGAGCGUGAUGACACAAAAUGGUGGAAUGAGCAUCAUGACUUGUAUACAACUGCAAGAGACGUUGUCAAUCUUCCUGCACCAGUUGUGAUAACAGAAAGAAUUCUGCCGCUCCCAGCUCCAACACGGACUCAACUUAUCAAUCAUUUCUGCAGAGAGAACCUUCAGCAAAGCGCAAAAGCGGAUUCAGCAAAUAAGGAUUGUCUAGUACGACCUUAUUUAGGAUCAAUGAAAGGACGAAAGACCGCGUUCUUUUCCUUGAGAAACUUCAAGCUGCAUCUCAAUCAGAUGAUUGAUAUUGGACUUGACUAUGAAAUGCUUGCAGUAUCAAUGGGCGAGGUACUAGCCAUCAUGCAUUGGAGAGCCCAGACAGAUGCCAGAGACAUUGAACUUGUUCUUGGAAGCUCUACAACAAAUACAAAUCAGGAAGAAAAUGACGGCCCUUCAAGUGAGAACUUUGUCCGCCGAGAGACCCGACUCUUUAUUCUCGACUUUAACCAAGUACGAAAGAUAAGCAUGGACGACACUGGAGUUGCGGACGCAGUCGACGCCUUCUUUCUCAAUGAUCCAUAUUACCCCCGUCCCUGCGAGAGCUCAAGAGUUCAACAAGAGCUGUGGAAUUCGUUUGUUCGGAGCUAUCUCAAUACUGCAGAUACUAUCUUGGGAGGUCACCAAGUCCUCCAACGUAAGUUCAUCGCAGAAGUAAUUUCGCGGACCACGGAGAAGAGAAGGGUGGAGGCAAAGGAGUGA